CUCCCCCCUCCCCCAGCGCUGGCCUACAGCCUCCACGGGAAUGAAUGUGUGUGUAUGAAUGAAGACUUGCGAGCGUGAGCGUGGGCGAGAGAGACGCUGGGGUAGCUGACUGCCCUCCUCCUGGACUCCAGGCGGUAGACCUGGUAGCCAGGCGAGGCCGCUUCUCUUAACAGGCCUCCUUCCAGCUCCCAGUAUCCCACUUCUCCAGCUGUAGUGGAAGACCUGUCUGUGGUGCUCUCCAGCUGUGGUGCUCUCCAGCUGUGCUCCAGCGGGGGCUGCUGCAGAGCUCCUUUUUGGCCCCUCCUCCUAAUCCUCCUCCCCUUAGUCUCUCUCUCCCCCCCAGCUGUUCUCUGCCACUACUGCUGUUGCUACAGCUGAUUUGCUCCUCCGCUCCUGGCUUCGGCUUUCCUCUCCCCCCUCAUUCCCCCACCCCACCCCCCUUCAUGGCCGGGCACGAGUGGGACUGGUUUCAACGGGAAGAGCUCAUCGGGCAGAUUAGCGACAUCCGAGUUCAAAACCUUCAAGUUGAAAGGGAAAAUGUUCAGAAGAGAACCUUCACACGGUGGAUCAAUCUUCACUUGGAAAAGUGUAAACCUCCUCUGGAAGUGAAAGAUUUAUUCAUUGAUAUACAAGAUGGAAAGAUCCUGAUGGCAUUGUUAGAAGUUCUGUCAGGGCAAAGUCUGCUGCAUGAAUAUAAAUCCUCAUCCCAUCGUAUUUUUCGGUUGAACAACAUAGCAAAAGCACUUAAGUUUUUGGAGGAUAGCAAUGUAAAACUGGUUAGCAUUGAUGCAGCUGAAAUAGCAGAUGGAAACUCUUCUUUGAUUCUUGGAUUGAUAUGGAAUAUAAUCCUCUUUUUUCAGAUUAAGGAGCUCACAGGCAAUCUCAAUAGGAACUCUUCAUCUUCCAGUUUGUCCUCUGGCACCCCAGGCCCUGACUCAGAUUCAUCUCUGCCAACGACUCCCAAAGGAGAAAACAGUGUGGCUCUGUCAGUGAAGGAUCAGAGGAAGGCCAUCAGGACCCUUUUAAACUGGGUCCAAAGAAGAACAAGAAAAUAUGGGGUGGCAGUACAGGACUUUGCAGGCAGCUGGAGAAGUGGUCUUGCUUUUCUUGCCAUAAUAAAGGCCAUUGAUCCCAGCUUGGUUGACAUAAAACAAGCCUUGGAGGAUUCUGCCCGGGAGAACCUGGAAAAGGCCUUCAGCGUAGCACAUGAUAAACUUCACAUACCUAGACUCCUGGAGCCAGAAGAUAUAAUGGUUGACUCACCAGAUGAACAGUCGAUUGUGACAUAUGUGGCACAGUUCCUAGAGCAUUUUCCAGACUUAGAAGGAGAAGAUUUCACGGAUCCUGAUAAGGAGAUUCCUAUUGAAUCUACCUUUGUCCGUAUCAAAGAAACCCCUACUGAACAAGAGAGCAAGAUUUUCCUUCUCCCUGAAAAGGGGGAACAUACAUAUACAGUUAACUGUGAAACAAGUCAACCACCUCCUCCAAUAGUCUUUGUCUGUGAUACCUCAGAAGUGGGAAAGGAAUUGGUCACAAAUGAAUGUCCCAGGGAAUCUUUUGGUCAUAGGGAUCCCGAAAGCCCAAAGAACCACCCAUCCCACGUGGCUGAGCAGGCAUUUCCAGGAGGCUUAAAUAAGCCAAGUGACAUUAAUGAAUCAUUAUCAGAGCCAUCUAUUUUAUUACCUAAAAAGGCUGGCCAUAGGCCUGACUCUCUGCCAAUUAAGAAAACUGUCCAUUUUGAAUCAGACAUGUCUAGAGAUGCUUCAUGCAGUAAGGACAUUCCCUUCAAAGCAAACUUGGGGAAGGUGAAUGAGCCAGUCAAACAGGAUGAUUCUGUCUCAUCAUCUGGUGUAAGUAACAAAAUAAAGCCCAGAGAGGUACAUGUGAAAACAGCGGGCUCAGCUCUCAACAAAAUCCUGGAUGAUUAUCCUUUGACACAUAAAAAAAAUAGUGGUUUUUCAACUUCUGAGUACUUACCAGGGACUGCUGAAAGGAAGGAUGUUGAAGCCAACAAAGGACAUGAUAGCUCUCCUUCAUUAGAAGCCAGAGGUCAUAAAUUUAUCCAAGAGACUCUAGAUGAAGUUGCAAAGUUUGAAGAGAUGACAUUGAAGGCUCUUAAACAAAGCACUGAAAUGAAAGGCUUGACUGGUCUCAGCCAAACCCUCCAUGAUGAAAAUUCUUCCCCUGAUGAGAAGAAUGCCGCCUGUGGUAGAGUUUCAGAGGCAAAUGUGGAGCAGUUGGCUAAAAAAGCAUCUAAAUGUCGUCGUAAAAUGAAGGAUUCAACUGUGGACAAAUCUGACACUGACUUGCAUAGCUCUGACAUGCCCAUGAUUGACCCCAGUGAUUAUUCGUACCCAGCUUCCCCUGGCAAGGAUAUCUAUAGUUACAUUUGGCACCUACGAGAGAAGAAUUUAAUGCCCGAGAUGGAUCUCUGUGAAGAGGUGAAACAGAAGUCUGUUCACUAUGACUAUGAAGAAAACACUUUACCUGAAGAUCAGCUGGAAACUCAGGAUGAUGUGGAUGAUGAGAUCUCUACCCCCCUCAGUAGCAGUGUCAGUCUCGAGACUCUCGGUAGUCAAAGUGAAGACAGCCUUGACUUUAAGGUGUCUCCACCUUCUUCAAAAGUCUCAGUGAUCCCACAUGACCUCUUCUAUUACCCCCAUUAUGAUGUUCCCUUGUCUGCUGUUCUAGAAGCCUAUGUGGAAGAUUCUCACGGCUCUCAGAAUGAAGAAAAAGUUCCAGAGAAAUCCACCAAGGAUGCUCAGGAACUUGACGCCAAGGGGGAAGACCAUCAAAAAUACUGUAAGAGCAACCCUAGCUAUUCAGCGACUGAGGUGAAUGCUGAGGUCCGACAGAUGGCUCAUGCUGGAUGCCCAGCUGAAACACAGCCAUCUUCAGAAACUGUUGAGGCAAAAGUCCAUGUGGAACAUAAAGGAAAGGACCCCCCAAAUGGUGGCUCUGUGGACAGCUCUCAGUCCCAGGAUUUUCAAAAUGUGGGCAAGUUAGAUGUCUCUUUGCCCGAAGAAGCCAGAAGUAUUAAGAAGAAAGAAGAGUGGAGUCAUGGGGACAAAGCAGAGAAGUCACUCUUUGUAGCAGCUAAAGCUGCUCCUUUCUCAGAGGAUCUAGAAGAAGAAAUCAUUGAUGGCAAAGUGAUUUCAAGGACAAGCCACAGUGACUCCAGCCUUUAUACCAGAAGACAGGGUAAUAGGUCCUCGGAAAUGGAUCAUGUCAGCCAUGGCCGUUUGAGAUCUGACAUUGAAGAAAGAAGAAAUCGGUUACUAAUCAGGAAAGUGAGCAGCUUCGGAGAGGCCAUGCUGCAAGGACAUCCUGGUGCACACUCCGACUCACUUGUACAUUUUGCACAACAACAAGACUUGGUGUACUUCAUCCUCUUCCUCUGGUUGCUGGUUUACUGCCUCUUGCUCUUCCCGCAGCUUGAUAUAAAAAAACUUUGAUUUGUGUGUUUCAAUAAUAAAGAACAGAGACCUAAUUGUA